AUGAUUGUCGUGACCGAUGAGGGAUUCACUGAUGCACAGGACGAAGCGGUUCACUGGCGGGGAGGUUUAGACAGUGCAGUCGUACGGGAGACGGGGACCUCCAUUCGUGAGCGUGAGGAGCUCGCAUACAGCCUGUUGGCCUCUCUACCACGCUCAAGUUUGGCGGUUGUGCAGCGAAGGAUAGCACCUCUGUUGCAGCUCGACGUUGUUGGCCUGCUACCAGACGAAGUUGCCAUCCAAGUCUUUUCACAUCUUCCUUAUACCUCGCUCCUUUCCUGCGCCCUCGUGAGCCGGAGAUGGCACACCUUGACGGACGAUCAGACACUCUGGAAGCGGCUCUGCGCCCAACAAAACUGGGAAUGGCGCUUUCCAUACAAGCUGGACAAUCACGAUGAUGUGUGCGACUACGAUGACAUGGACGACGAGGGAAUGGGCGACGAGGAAGAAUCAGAGGAGGCGGUCGCGAUGCUACUGGAUGAUUCCGGCUUCUCCUCGAUGCUCGUGGACGAAAUAUUUACCUCGCCUUCCUUUGAUCGACCCAUGGAAAAACCCCGCACGAGCUCCUGUAAUCGCUAUCCUGGUUCCCUCAGCCUCAAUCCCGUCGACCGCAAGAAGCCGGACUACAAGCUGCUCCACCAGACACACGUCCACAUUCGCAAUCGCUUUCUCUCAGGAAACUACUUCCUCUCGUACCUUCAGACACGCAGCACGCGGGACGCACACUCGAACACCAUUUAUUGUCUGCAGCUGUACACUUACCCUGAUUGCGGCCUGCAGGUGCUCUUUACUGGCUCAAAGGAUCACACAGUGCGUGAGUGGAAUCUCAGCAACGGGACCGUGCGGCGUGUCAUUAAGGGCGUGCAUGAGGGCAGCGUGCUCAGCGUAUGUGCGCACAAUGGGCUGCUUGUCAGCGGCGGGAGCGACCGGAGAGUCGUCAUCUGGGAUCUCGGGCGGGAUGUUCUUCGCAAGGUGAUCUUAGACCACGAAGACAGCGUCUUGUGUGUGCGCUUUGACGAUAAGCGGCUGGUCACCUGUUCAAAGGAUCGCACAGUACGGACAUACACUCUUCCCGAUUUUGUCCCACAGCACAUCCUUGGGGACCAUCGCGCCGCCGUCAACGCCGUCUCGAUCUCUUCCACGCACAUCGUGUCCGCGUCCGGGGAUCGCUCGAUGCGGCUCUGGGACGCAGAGAAGGGAACGUUGUUGCGCACGUUUGAGAAUCACCACGGGCGCGGGAUCGCGUCGAUUGAUUACAAGCCGCCGUUCGUCCUCUCCGGCUCGUCAGACAAGCACCUGCGGCUACUCGAUAUCGCAUCCGCGCAGGGGUGGUCGACUGCUCCUGACGCGCCCGGGCCAACCGCUGCGGCGCCGUGCCAGAUGUGCGGAAGUACGGUCGUGCGCGCGGCGGAUGAUGUUCGGCGCGGGCAUGAGGACCUGGUGCGCAGCGUGGCGCUUGGCGAGGAGUUCGUGGUCAGCGGGAGCUACGACUUCACGGUGAAAGUGUGGGAUCGCAAGACUGGUGCGCUGGUCGCGGAUCUGGCUGGAGGGCAUACAGGGAGGAUUUUCUGUGUUGGUUUUGACCGUGCGAAGAUUGUUUCGUGCGGAGAGGACCGGAAGAUUUGUAUUUGGGACUUCGCUUAUGGGUUCGAUACUUCGUUUAUCAAGUUGUAG